ACCUGCAGCACAGAAACACAAACUGUAAUUGAGGAAAUAUGAAGACUUUCAAUCUGUGCAUUCUCCUAAGCUUGGCAAUCGCAGCUUACUGUGUGCCAAUAUCGCAGGUUACUGUGGAAGAUGAGAAUUUCGCAGAGAGCUAUCUGAAGAAAUUCUUCAACCUAACAGAGGAGACUGGUCCAACUAUCGAACGGGGGAUCAGCCCGGUGACCAGGAAGCUGAGUGAGAUGCAGAGAUUCUUCGGUCUCCAUAUCACCGGGACCCUGGAUGCUGACACCAUGGCGAUGAUGAAGAAGCCCCGCUGUGGCGUUCCGGACAGCAACAUCGCCCGUUUCUCCACGUUUGGAAGAAACCAAAAGUGGGCGACAAACAGCCUGACCUACAGGAUAGAGAACUACACACCUGACAUGUCUGUGCCAGAGGUAGAUGACUCCAUAGAGAGGGCACUGCAGGUUUGGGCCAAAAUCACUCCUCUGAGGUUCACAAGGAUCCACAGUGGCACCGCUGACAUCAUGGUCUCCUUUGGACGUCAAAAUCAUGGUGAUUAUUACCCCUUUGAUGGUCCUGAUGGGACACUUGCCCAUGCCUUUGCCCCAGCAUCUGGCAUUGGAGGAGAUGCUCAUUUUGAUGACGAUGAGACCUUCACUUUCCGCUCAAACAUCGGCUACGUCCUCUUCAUGGUGGCUGCCCAUGAGUUUGGCCACUCUCUGGGUUUGUCUCACUCUGAUGAUCCUGGUGCUCUCAUGUACCCUGUGUACUCAUACAGAAACCCUGACACCUUCGUUCUGCCCCGGGAUGAUGUCAAUGGCAUCCAGUCUCUCUAUGGUCGAAACACUGGUAAGGAUCCCUCUGUAGUUGACCCUGAGCCCCCCACCACCCCUGAUGCCUGUGAUUCCUCCAUGGUCUUGGAUGCUGUCGCCACCCUGCGAGGAGAGAUGCUCUUCUUCAAAGACAACUUCUUCUGGCGGAGCUACCCCCAGAGCAGGACACCUCAGCAAAGUCUCAUCACAAACUUCUGGCCCGAUGCCCCCUCCAACAUCAACGCUGCGUAUGAAAGCCAACACUCGGACAUUGUGUUUCUCUUUAAAGAUCAGAAAGUGUGGGCUUUCAAUGGCUAUGAUCUAGUGAGUGGCUAUCCAAAACCAAUUUCCAGUGUUGGUCUUCCCAAAAGUGUGAAGAAAAUCAAUGCAGUCCUUUUUGACGUGGAAUCCCGAAAGACUCUGUUGUUUGUGGGCAGCGAAUACUACAGUUAUGAUGAGGCCAGAAAGACCAUGGACAAGGGAUUCCCCAAGCAAGUGGAUGAGACCUUCUCCGGCCUGACCAGCAAGGUGACUGCAGCUUUCCAGUACAGAGGUUUCACUUACAUCUACAGUGGACCCUACAUGUUUGAAUACAGCCUGCGGACUGGGAGGUUGUUCCGCGUGCUGAGGAACGACUACUUCCUGCGCUGCACCAACUUCUAGACCAGUUUACUAGCUACACUGUUUAUGGAGCCACUCUGAAUGAGAAACAAUGCAACAUAGUUAAACUGUCCAUGGCACCGUAUACGUUAUUUACGUUUUGUUAUAGCAUUUUCUCAGAAUAUGUACUUCAUAUUCAUAAUUUAAAUAUUUCUGUUGUUAAGAAAAUUUGUUUAACAUUGUUACAAUUGCACCUCGAGACAGCUAUUUUUACACCACUGUGACAAAACAUAUUAAUGUAUGUAUGCAAAUGUAAAAACUAAACAAAUGUGACACAUUGAAGAGAAAUUGGCCCCAUGAUUAGCAAAUAAAAGUUGUCUUAGGUAUGGAAAACAGACUGUCCUGUUGAGUAAUAUAUAUAUACAGUAUUAGAACAACACUGUAAGGAAGUAACAGAAACAACUAGUAACGCUAUACAGAAUCACGUACAUUCUCAUUGAUAAACAGCAUGUUCACCAUGUCCCCCAUCUUAUGCAGACAAAUCUACAUAACUCUAUCACCAGGGGACUAUAAUCCCAUACAAGGGCUGCUGGCUAAAUGCAUUGAAGAAAUCAACAACUGAAUGUGAAAGAAUUUUCUUGAAUUAAAUAAAGAUAAAACAAGUAAUUGUUUUUGGUCCCAAGGACGAACCAUUGAAA